AUGUCCAAGGAAUCCGGCGUCGUCACUCCCACGGAGAAGGGCGACAAUGUCGUCGACUACCAGGCCAGCACCGUGGUCAUCCCCAAGGAGGGCCUCGAGCGCGACCCCAACUGGUUCACCCGCAACGGUCUCAAUGCCGACUCCUUCAGGAAGAAGCACUAUGGCAAAGGCAUGGUGGAACUUGAGCGUCCCAUGAAGGCUCGCCAUCUGCACAUGAUUGCCAUUGGUGGUUCCAUUGGUGCUGGUUUCUUCGUCGGUUCGGGUGGUGCUCUCAGCAGAGGUGGCCCUGGUUCUCUCUUCAUUGAUUUCCUCAUCAUCGGUAUCAUGAUGUUCAACGUCGUGUAUGCUCUCGGUGAACUCGCCAUCAUGUAUCCCGUCUCUGGUUCUUUCUACACAUACUCUGCUCGUUUCAUCGAUCCUGCCUGGGGUUUCGCCAUGGGCUGGAACUAUGUUCUUCAGUGGGCUGCCGUUCUUCCGCUUGAGUUGACCGUCUGUGGUAUUACGAUUUCGUAUUGGAAUGCCAACAUCUCGACUGCUGUGUGGAUCACCAUCUUCCUCGUCGCCAUCAUCAUCAUCAACCUGUUUGGUGCUCUGGGUUACGCCGAAGAGGAGUUUUGGGCAUCUUGCUUCAAGCUCGCGGCAACCGUCAUCUUCAUGAUCAUUGCUCUUGUCCUCGUCUGCGGUGGCGGCCCCAGCAGCGGUCGCUACGACGAAUACUGGGGUGCUCGUUACUGGUACAACCCCGGUGCGUUCAAGAACGGCUUCAAGGGCUUCUGCUCCGUCUUCGUCACUGCUGCCUUCUCCUUCUCCGGUACUGAGUUGGUUGGUCUCGCCGCUGCUGAGUCUGACAACCCCACCAAGAACAUGCCCGGUGCUAUCAAGCAGGUCUUCUGGCGUAUCACUGUCUUCUACAUCCUCGGUCUCUUCUUCGUCGGAGUCCUGAUCGACAGCGAUGAUCCCGCUCUGCUCUCUUCUGCCGCCUACUCCGAUUCCAAGGCCUCUCCCUUUGUGCUUGUCGGCAAGUAUGCUGGCCUCAAGGGCUUCGACCACUUCAUGAACCUCGUCAUUCUCGUGUCCGUCCUGUCCAUUGGUGUCUCUGGUGUGUACGGUGGAUCUCGAACCUUGACUGCUCUCGCUCAGCAGGGCUAUGCUCCCAAGCUCUUCACCUACAUUGACAAGUCUGGCCGUCCCCUGCCUUCCGUCAUUGCCCUCAUCCUGUUCGGCUUCAUCGCCUACGUCAGCUUGGACGCUACCGGCCCCGUUGUCUUUGACUGGCUCCUUGCCAUCUCUGGUCUGGCCGCUCUCUUCACUUGGGGCUCCGUCUGCCUUGCUCACAUCCGAUUCCGCAAGGCCUGGAAGUACCACGGACACAGCCUGGAUGAGAUUCCCUUCAAGGCUGUCGGUGGUGUCUACGGCUCUUGGCUCGGCCUUUUCCUCUGCGUCAUUGUCCUCAUGGCCCAGUUCUACACUGCCAUCAUUGCUGGCCCCGAUGUCAAGGGUAUGGGUACUGCGGAGGGCUUCUUCAAGCAGUUCCUCGCUGCUCCCGUCGUCCUGGGCUUCUGGAUCUUCGCUUGGGUCUGGAAGCGUGAGCCUCUCCUGAGAACCAAGAACAUUGACGUCGACACCGGCCUCCGUGAGUUCGACUGGGAUCAGAUCCGCGCCGAUCGCGAGGCACUCGCUGCCUUGCCCGCCUGGAGACGUCUCCUCAACCACUUCUUUUAA